GCCGCGGCGGUGCGGAUCCCGCAGGCUCCCCGAUUGUCCUUCGCGGCGGCAGCGGUCGCAACCUCUUUGCCUCCCAGCCGGGGCUGCUGGCGCCGGAGCGAGGCGCGCCCUCCGCGGGCACAGCUGCCCAGAGCAGGAACUGCCUGCACGGUGCAUAAAUCUUGGUGGACGGCGUGGCUGCAGGCCCUCCCGUUGGAACCCAGGCCGCGUUGUGAGUGGAUAGUGUUUGCAGCACCGAGUCCCAGCCCGUGCCUGCAUCAUGCCAGCCUUGUCCACAGGCUCGGGGAGCGACCCAGGUCUGUUUGAGCUCCUGGCGGCUCUGCCGGCCCAGCUGCAGCCACAUGUGGACAGCCAGGAAGAUCUGACCUUCCUCUGGGACAUGUUUGGUGCGAAAGACCUGCAUUCACUGGUGAAGAUUCACGAAAAGCUUCACGACUAUGAGAAGCAGAGCCCUGUGCCCAUCUUGCAGGGGGCGGCAGCCUUGGCCAAUGAUCUGGCAGAGGAACUUCAGAACGGGCCACUAAGCAGUGAGACCAGAGAGCUGUUGAAACUGCUGUCAAAACCCAAUGUGAAGGCGCUGCUGUCUGCACAUGACACUGUGGCUCAGAAGAGUUAUGAUCCGGUGUUGCCUCCCAUGCCUGAAGAUAUUGAUGAUGAGGAAGACUCAGUAAAAAUCAUUCGUCUGGUCAAAAACAGAGAACCACUGGGAGCUACCAUUAAGAAAGACGAGCAGACUGGAGCCAUCGUGGUGGCCAGAAUUAUGAGAGGAGGAGCUGCAGACAGAAGUGGUCUUAUUCACGUCGGCGAUGAACUUAGGGAAGUGAAUGGGAUACCUGUGGAGGAUAAAAGGCCCGAGGAAAUAAUUCAGAUUUUGGCCCAGUCUCAGGGAGCAAUUACAUUUAAGAUUAUACCCAGCAUCAAAGAGGAGACACCGGCUAAGGAAGGCAAGAUGUUUCUCAAAGCCCUCUUUGACUAUGACCCCUAUGAGGAUAAAGCCAUCCCAUGUAAGGAAGCUGGGCUUUCUUUCAAAAGGGGAGAGAUCCUUCAGAUUAUGAGCCAAGAUGAUGCAACGUGGUGGCAGGCGAAGCAUGAAGGUGACGCCAACCCUAGGGCCGGCCUGAUCCCCUCCAAACACUUCCAGGAAAGGAGACUGGCUCUGAGACGACCGGAAAUCUUAGUCCAGCCCGUGAAGGUUCCCAACAGAAAAUCAUCUGGUUUUAGGAGGAGUUUCCGUCUUAGUAGGAAAGAUAAGAAAACAAACAAAUCCAUGUAUGAGUGCAAGAAGAGUGACCAGUAUGACACCGCUGACAUUCCCACCUAUGAGGAGGUGACACCCUAUCGACGGCAGACUCAUGAGAAGUACAGGCUCGUCGUCUUGGUGGGUCCUGUGGGAGUAGGUUUGAAUGAACUGAAACGGAAGCUGCUGAUCAGUGACACACAGCACUAUGGCGUGACGGUGCCCCAUACCACCAGACCAAGAAGAAGCCAGGAGAGUGAUGGCGUUGAAUAUAUUUUCAUUUCCAAGCAUUUAUUUGAGACAGAUGUACAAAAUAACAAGUUUAUUGAAUAUGGCGAAUAUAAAAACAAUUAUUAUGGCACAAGUAUAGACUCGGUUCGGUCUGUCCUAGCUAAGAACAAAGUUUGCUUGCUGGAUGUUCAGCCUCACACAGUAAAGCACUUAAGGACACUAGAAUUUAAGCCCUAUGUGAUAUUUAUAAAACCGCCAUCAAUAGAGCGUUUGAGGGAGACAAGAAAAAAUGCAAAGAUUAUUUCAAGCAGAGAUGACCAAGGUGCUGCAAAGCCCUUUACAGAAGAAGACUUUCAAGAAAUGAUUAAAUCUGCCCAAAUAAUGGAAAAUCAAUAUGGUCAUCUUUUUGACAAAAUUAUAGUAAAUGAUGACCUCACCGCGGCAUUCAAUGAGCUAAAAAUGACUUUCGACAAAUUAGAGACAGACACCCACUGGGUUCCAGUGAGCUGGUUACAUUCAUAAGGAAGAGAAAUUGCCAUAAUUUCCGUUUUGGUAGCGUGCACGACUGAAUCAGUCACCCUGGUGGAGGUAGGGGUUUUUAAUCUGUAUCACUGUUAUAGAUGUAAAAUCUUGGUUAAAAUCAAAUGUUGUUGUUUUUCUAUCUUCUUACAGCCUCAUUUCAAACAUAGUGUUUGAGUAAGAUCCAAGAUCAAAAUUUGCACAGUACUGUAUUCUGAGCAGAGCUUUGGACCUUCGGGUUGUCUUGAAUAUGUAUCUGUUUCCAAGGUGAGGAGGGACUUUUUAGAGAGACAGAGCUAAAGAAUAUAUAUGGGAGUUCAGCGCUUCAGCUGGUCUCAGACCCAGUCACUGGCAUUGGGUUGCAUGUUCGCUGCUGAUUGUUAACUCUGUAGCCUUGAGCAGCUCCAGUCAAGCCCUCUUUGCUGUCUUUGGGGUGGAUUAUACUUUUCUAAAAGUGCAACCUUCUCCUUAUUGAGACACAAUCAAUUCACAGGGUGUGCAUUUCAGAAUCUUUCUUUAAAGGAGUUCCUGCAAAUUUGCCUUAGUGAGUGGCCUUUGUGUCAUAGCUUGAGACGGUCUUGUGAGCGCAUGUAUCAGUGACUCAACAAAUGGUUAAUAAGAGAAGGUGGACUUUUAAAAAACUAUUACAUAGGAAACCAAAAACCUUUCCGUAUGGCUUUAUCUUAGUAAGAAUGGUGAUAUCUUGGUGCAAGUAGUGAUGAUGAAAGACAUUUUUAUUUGUAAAUCCUCAGACAUUUCUGGAAUCCCCAGAAAUUCUGGAACCAGUUAUCUGGCUAUGGAUUUUUCUCACUAAAUUAGAAGGAUGAUUCUUAUUCUAAAAGGAGCUUCUCCAUGUUACUGAUACAGUUUAAGGAAAUGGGAUCAUUUUUCAAAUAUGUGCAGCUGACCACCAUAUAUUUAAAUUGCCCUGUAAGAUGUAUUUUAGAAAACUUGGUAUGUAAAGUUAACUUAUUUGUCAUCGAAAUAUUUCUUAAUACUGGCCAGAUACCACCCUAAUCUUGCCAUUUUUAAAGAAACUUGAGAAAGAUUCUUAUAUUGUAAAUAUUUAGGUGGGAUCUCUCAUUUUCCUUUGAUACUACUGAUCUUUGGCGAGUAAAUUAAACACCAGAAACGUCCAUUCGUUGUGUAAGAGAAAUGUUCUCCCAUUCUUGAAUGCAGUAAGACCCUGCCAGUCAAAAAUCAUUGCAUCUGUGACUUUCAAACAGGAAAAAAAAAAGAUUUAUUUUUUGUUGAUUUGUAAAGAGAGUUUAGAUGUCCUGUUUAAGGAAAAAUAGAAUGUAGUAACAUUUUAUAUAUUUAUGAAAUAGCUGAAAGGCAUAUUUUUUUAAUAAUCAAAGGGGAUAUUCAUAAAAUAAAUGGUAUGGAACAGUGUCGAAAUUUAAAAUAGUAGUUUUAUAAGUCAAGGUCGACAUUCCAUGUAAAUAUUUGACCUUUAUCUGUACGCAGAUCCACAGGUGUGUCUUGGGUGCCCAGUGCAUUUCAUAGCAUGAUUCACUGGAUUUCCUUCAGACAUGUCCUAUUUCACAUCUUGAUACACACAGCAAAAUAGGGAGAUAACCAGACAAGGUUACUUAACAACAUAAUCCACGUAGGAGAUUCUAAGCUAAUUAAGUAGUAGUAAGCAGUGUCGUUUAAAAAGGGGUUGGGAGGGUUGCCAGAUCUGAUACUGAAGCCACACUUUAAAGCGGUGUGGCUGGUCUAAGAAAAUACAAACCUUCCUUAGAUGGUUUGGGUGGAAUAGACUCUGAAUCCUGACUGAAAUUUCCGAUAAAUCCAGACUUCCUAUGCAAAGAGUAAUAGGAAAUGACUUAUAAUUUAGGCAGUCCGAAUUCUUUGUUCCAAACUAGUCCACGGUUUGUUUUUGCUUUGGUUGUUUUUUUUUUUUUUUUUUUUUUUCCAUUUGCAGCUCAUUGUCUCAAUUCUUUACUGUGGGCAUAGAAGUUAUAUAGAGUGGUGGAAACGGUGUCCUUUUUGGUGGCGGUGGUGAUGGAGGUGUUAUAAAAAUGUAAUUGUCCACCCGUUCUCCAUUUUUACACUAGAGCUGAACAGUAAUUUUUAAAAUAAUGAAAAGGGGCACUUUGGCAAUAUGAGAAAUCUUUUAUCAGGGAAUAUACAUAUAUAGUCUUGCAAGUGAUGUUGACACGGCCACUUUAAUGCUCAGAAAGAGAUGCGGUUAAAAAUUUCAAAAGGCAGGGCCUAGUCAAGGGUUUGUUGAUAAAUGUUGCAGAGGGCCCUUGAUUCUGUACUUGAUUCUACAUACUGACUUCUCUUUCUAGCAGGAGGGGGCUAGUUCUUUAGGCAGCCUGCUCCCAAGACAGUGUCAGCACUAUUUGAAAAAAUAGGAGUAUUUAUUUUUUUAAGUCCAUAUAUUUGGAAAUCCAAGAUCAAGAAGAUAAGUCUAUAUUCCCAUCAUUAACAAAGGAGAAUUUUUUUUUAAAAGGUGAAAUUGAAAUACAAUUUCUUACCAUUAUUUUACUUACCAAUACAGAUGUUAUCGAUAUCUUUAAGGCUGGCUUUCCCGGUGUUGUGUAAUGACUGAGUGUAUCUAAAUUGUAAUAAUUUAAAAUGGACAAACAUGUAAAACAAAACUGUUGUUAAAAGAUUCCUAAGGAUAUAGAUUUUUAUUAUUUAUUUUCUUUUUGACUAGGAAGAGUUUAUAAAUAAAUGUCAUGGAAAACCUUUGAUCUUAAUAAAGUAUCUUCAAAUUA